GGCAAAGAGCAAGAGGAGAUUUGGAAGACCAGAGUAAGAUCUCAUUUUACCUCAUUUCAAGGGCACAGCCAGUGCUUUGUGACAGAGGCUCACAGGGUCCCUUAGUGGCACACAGUUCUCAAGCUGUGCAUCCUGUGCCUGUGCUCCACUUGAUUUACAGAUGGCUGAGCAUCGGAUUGGGAUUCUAGUGAGCUUAUUUCUCCUUGAGGUUCUUCUCUUGGAUGCUGCAAAAAUCCUGACUAUAUCUACAACUGGUGGAAGCCACUAUAUAGUGAUGAGCCUUGUGUCACAAAUUCUUCAAGACCAUGGCCAUAAUGUGACCUAUUUGUUUCAUGAAAAGUUUCUCACCCCAGAUUUUAAAGAGGAUAAAAUAUCAUACCAGGUUAUAAACUGGCAUCUAUCUGAAGAUAAGCAAAAGGAAAUUGAUAAUAGAAGACAACUCAUUGUAGAAGAAUUAGUUCAUAACAGGUUCAACUAUUAUACCCGUGUAAAGAUCUAUGGACACUUAGGGAAUUUAUGCAGUCACUUACUAAGCAGAAAGGACAUCCUGGAUUCCUUAAAGAAUAAGAAUUUUGACCUACUUUUUUUUGAUGUAACAGAUCCUUGUGUUUUCUUGAUUGCUGAGAAACUUGAGAAACAAUUUGUGGCCUUUCUUCCCAUGAUAUUUGGCAUUAUAGACUAUGGGCUACUAAGGCCCUUGUCUUAUGUUCAAGGAUUUGGUUCCAGUUUAACUGAUCAAAUGGACUUCUGGGCCAGAGUGAAGAACGUCCUGAUGUUUCUUGAUUCAUCCAUGAAGCAAAGAGAAAUAUUUUCUCAUUAUGACAGCACUAUCCAGGAGCAUUUUGCAGAAGGCUCUCGGCCAGUUUUGUCUGACCUUCCACGGAAAGCAGAGUUGUGGUUUGUCAAUUCUGACUUUGCCUUUCAUUUUGCUCAUCCCGUGCUUCCCAAUAUGGUCUAUGUGGGAGGCUUAACAGACAAACCUGUUAGACCAAUACCUCCAGAUUUAGAAGACUUUAUCAUUAAGUUCCGAGACUCAGGUUUUGUCCUUGUGGCACUGGGCUCCAUAGCAACCCUGCAUCAGACCAAACAACUUAUUAAGGAGAUGAACAGUGCCUUUGCUCACCUCCCUCAAGGAGUGCUGUGGACAUGUAAGGAUGCUCAUUGGCCUAAAGAUGUCAGUAUGGCUCCUAAUGUCAAAAUCAUGAAUUGGCUUCCCCAGACUGACCUUUUGGCUCAUCCUAGAAUUCAUCUUUUUGUCACCCAUGGGGGAAUGAAUAGCAUAAUGGAGGCCAUCCAGCAUGGAGUACCCAUGGUGGGGAUUCCCUUUUUAGCAGACCAGGGUGAAAACAUGGUCCUAGUAGAAGCAAAGAAAAUUGGUGUUUCUGUUCAUCUAGAGACACUCAAGGCAGAGACAUUUGCACGUACACUAAAAGAAGUCAUAGAAGACAAGAGGUUCAAGUCUGCAGCCAUGGCUGCCAGGGCCAUCAGGCGCUCUCACCCCAUGACACCUUCCCAGCGUCUGGUGGGCUGGAUUGACCACAUCCUACAAACAGGGGGAGGAGCACAUCUCAAGCCCCAAGGCUUUCAACAGCCAUGGCAUGUGCAGAACCUGCUGGAUGUCCUAUUGUUCCUGUUGGGGCUCACUCUGGGCACCUUGUGGCUGUUGAAGAAAAUGCUGGGCUUGUUGCUCAGGUCCCAGGGUGUGGUCAGGAAGGAAAAGAAGUCCUAAUGUUAGGGUUGACCUGGGGGAGGAUGUUCGGAACUCUGGCACUUUACAUGCAUCCCCCUUCCCUAGCACAAGGAACUCCCAGGGUUCUCGUCUUUCCCUCUUCCUGCUGAGGGACCUCCAGUUGUCCUCACUGUUUUCUGCCUCUUUCCUAACACUCAUACAGUACAUUGACUGGUGACUCCACUAUCUGGAUCGCCUGGCUCUAGUACAAUCCUUCCUUUCCCAGCUGUUUCUUCUCUUCACACCUUUCUGCCAUUGACAGUGUUAUGACAGUUUCAUCCUCUCUGUGACUUCUAUUCUCUGACUCUAAUUUCUCAUAUUAUUUGAGAUAAAACCCCAAAUAUUGGACAAAUUCUAAUUACUCCUUUAUUUUUCUUAUCUUAUAAUCUCUUUUAGAGUUCAGAAUGCCUGGACUACUCCAUUCUACUCUUCCUGUUAGGAAGGAACAGCCUCUGCUAGCAUGUAAUAUCUACCAAUUUAUCUGAUAAUUACAACAUAUGAAUGCCAUCAAUUCAUUUUUCUUGGUAGAAUACAAAAUAAAGUUCACAGAAAAUUGAA